AAAUAUGGCUUCACUUUCAUCUCCUCAUUCCUUUACCAGUUGUAUGCUAUUCCUCUUUUUUCUAUAUUUAUCUUGUUUCUUCAACAACCUUAAUGCAAAACACGACAUAGCCAACAAUCACAAGCACCAACACAGACACAAACACACACAAAAUCCACCAUCAAAUCCAAGGCUUUACCGCGCUUUUCUUGCGCUACAAGCAUGGAAGCAUGUAAUCUACUCAGACCCAAAAAACACAACUUCCAAUUGGAUAGGCCCUUCAGUUUGCAACUACACAGGUAUAUACUGUGCUCCAUCACUUGAUGAUCCUAAACAAACAGUUGUUGCUGGCAUUGACCUUAACCAUGCCGAUAUAGCCGGGUUCUUACCCGAAGAAUUAGGCCUUUUAUGUGACCUUUCACUUCUCCACCUCAACAGCAACCGUUUCUGCGGCAUCCUUCCAACAACAUUCACAAACCUUACACUUCUCUAUGAACUUGAUCUUAGCAACAAUAGAUUUGUUGGCCCUUUUCCAUCAGUUGUCCUUUCACUUCCUUCACUUACCUAUCUCGACCUUCGCUACAACGAAUUCGAAGGACCGUUACCUCCUCAACUUUUCAACAAACCUUUUGAUGCUUUUUUUCUCAACAGCAACCGUUUCACAAGUUCCAUUCCAAGAAAUUUAGGACAAAGCAAAGCUUCUGUCAUGGUUUUUGCAAAUAACAAAUUUGGUGGCUGUUUACCAGAAAGCAUAGUAAACUUUGCUGAUACUUUGGAAGAGCUUCUCUUAAUCAACACAAGCUUAUCAGGUUGUCUUCCACAACAAGUUGGAUUUUUAUACAAAUUGAGAGUGUUGGAUUUUAGCUUCAACAAUAUUGUUGGUCCUAUACCUUAUAGUCUUGCAGGGUUGUCACAUUUGGAACAGUUGAAUUUAGGACAUAAUAUGAUGAGUGGAAUUGUUCCUAUGGGAGUUUGUGAGUUACCAAAUUUGGAAAAUUUCACAUUUUCUUAUAACUUUUUUUGUGAGGAAGAAGGUAUUUGUAAGAAUUUGACAUCAAAGAGGAUAGUGUUCGAUGAUCGCGACAAUUGUUUGCCGGAGAAGCCACGGCAGAGGAGCAAAAAGGAAUGUAGUGAUAAUCUUGAACGCCCUGUUGAUUGCUUUGAGCUUUGUUGUAUUGAAGAUGGUUUUGGGAAAAAUGUCACUGCUGGUUCUGUGGCUAUUCCACCUGCUGCAAUGCCUGUUUCUGCACCUAUUGUUGCACCAAGUUUCCCUUGACAUUCAGAAUAAGUAUUUAUGUUUGAUGUAAUAAAACUCCAAAUUUGAGUUAGGCAAUAUCCUUGUACAUACUUUUAUUUUUAUGUGGUAUGUUAGUUCAUGUCUCUUUCUUGUAUCAUAAUGUGUUCCUUGGAGAGUGUUAUAUAUGACAGAAAUAGACUAAAUGUUUUAGUGUUUUUGUCAAACUUGAUUUAGAAUGAAUUUGAUUUUGUAA